AUGACUUCCAAAUCCUUGAAUCCAAAAGCUGAAGAAUGGAAGCCACCGCUAUCCCAGCUUUCAGCUCCACUUCAACCGCUGCAACUGGUGACCUGCACUGCAGCUCAACUCCCUAAACAAUCAAGUUAUCACGCGAUCGUACCCUCGCCGCCUCAACCUUUUUAUCAGCCUCCUUUUAUUUCUUUUAUGCCGAAUCAUUAUUGGUAUUUUAUCUAUAGUCCCACGACCAUAUCAGUUGAUCAAACUCACGAUGUAUACUAUGAAGAAAAUUUGAAGAGUCACUGCAUUACAGGGGGGAAAGUUUUGGAGAGUUCUUGGAGAAGUCCAAAAUACUCCUUGAAGUGUUUGCCUCCCAGAUUUUUAAUUGCUAGAAGGGCCUGUAAUAUGGAAAAUAAGAAGAAGAAGAAGAAGAAGAAUUUUGGCAGACAAGAAUGGAGGCGUAGAAAGAAUCACAAAAAUUUUGAAAAUGGGGUUGUCGUUUCAUCUACUGAAGAAAACUUUUCACUUUCUGGAAAAACUACGGUGAUGAUCAAGAACAUACCUAAUCAGUUAAGCAUUUAUGAUUACUUGUCAUUAAAAAUGCUCCUAGUGAAUUCUAGUCACAUUUUGAGAGACGAUGUGCUGAAGUUUCUUGAUAAGCAUUGUCAGAUGUACGCUUCGACGUAUGAUUUUUUCUACUUGCCAAUGGAUUUCAGAAGCAAAGACAACCUAGGAUAUGCCUUUGCUAACUUCACAAAUGCUGUUGGUGCUAUAAAGAUCACAGAGAUUCUGCGAAACUACCAAUGGGGAAACAUUCAGACUUGUAAAGGGACCUUCGUUUCCAAGAAAAUAUGUGAAGUUACUUGGGCUAGAAUCCAAGGCAAGAAAGAUCUGGUGGCAAGAUUUGAGCAUUCGAAUUUCAGAUGUGAUCAACUGGAUUUCUUGCCUGUGGUUUUCGAUCCUCCUCGCAAUGGUUCUGAACCUAGUUCGGUAGAAAUUGUUGUCGGUAGAUUGCAGCCCAGGGCGAUAACUCUGAAAUCUGAUCAAGAUAUUUUGAGUAACAGUGUGGUGUGGGAUUUAGGCAGAAGAUGGAUCGACCUGUGUUUUCACUCUCCCUAG